GAGUUGCAUCUACAGAGGCUAAAAAUUCAGGCCUAAUACUCAUAGAAGCAACAGACAUAACAUCCAGAGAAGUAGUGAAUAUGACGUUUGGAGGGACAGUAGACAUGACACCCGAAGAAAUAGCAG